GCUGGUUGCCAUCCUCAGCAGUCUGGCAGGCGCGGGCGGGGCCCGGGCCGCUGUCCGCCGGAGCGCCCUGAGAUUGCAGUCCGCACGCAGUGGGGACCCUGGCAUCCGGGAGCCCAGGCCCACCCAACUCCACCGCCUCCGCCUGGGCCUGCGGCGGUUCCGGGAAAGGGGGGGUCUGCGCACAGCGGGACAGUUAGCCCCAGCGAAACCAACAGGGACUUGCGUGCCUGACCAUGGGACCCACGAGCCGGGAAACCUGGGCCCAGCGCCUGGGCACCUUCCGGGCCAGCCCGUCCGCCUUCAUGGCAGGUCCUGAGGGUGAGGAUCUGGGUCGUCACCUGCUGAGCGACCUGAGGAGUGAGAAGCUGAGCGAGCCAACUAAGGUUUCCUUGCUGGCUCUGAGCUUGGAGUACCCAGCGCAGCUGUGGCCGGACGCUCCUGCGGCCGAAGUAGCCGCCACCUCCUUGUUGGAUACCCUGGUCCUUCUACCCCCGCGGCCCUCGGCUCUGCGGCGGCCCCUUCUGCUGGCGGCCACCACAGCCUUGGCGGCAGGAGGUGCGUUGGGCCCCACCUCGAGAGCCUCCCGCCGGCUCUUGCCCCUGCUGCUGGGCUUGGCCUCGGGCCACGAUUUGGGGAGAAGCUUCGGUCCUGCCUCGGAACAGCGGCCCCUGCAGGCCACAGCGUGGGAGUGCCUGCGGGAGCUGGAGAGCUGCAAGCCUGGGCUGCUGGGGGGCUGUCUGGGGCUGCUUCGGGGCCUGCUGGGGCAGGAGGCCGCUGUACAGCCACUCAGCCUGCUGCUGGCACUUGCCCUACGAAACGCCUUGGUGAUACAGGCCAGGGCCAGGGCUGGCCUGCAGGGCCUGCUCGUGGCUGGGGGCUGUCCCACCGAGGGUGGUCCCUGGAACUGGAUGCUAGUUGAGGAGGGUGAUGCCCACCUUCAGCCCCAGGCACCCAGUUGGCCAGCAGCUGAGGAGGGGGAGUGUUGCCUUGCCAUGCUGGAGCUCAGUCCUGAGGAGGCCCGGGAGCUGCGGGCUGCCGUGGCCCAGCUUCUGGACAUCUCCUACCUGCUCACUCCUGUGGCCCAGGCCCAGCUUCUGUGGCUGCUGGGCUGGGCCCUGCGGGGUCUUCGGGGACAGCCACCAGUGCUCUUCAAGCCACAGCUGGUACGGCUGCUGGGCACAGCACAGCUGACGCUGCUGCACGCCGUCCUGGCUCUGAAGGCGGCCUUCGGUGAGGCACUGUUCACAGCCCAGGAUGAGGCCUUGCUGCUUCGCCGGCUCACCUUGGCUGCCCAGCACCCGGCCCUGCCCCUGCCCGCCCAUCUCUUCUACCUGCACUGCCUCUUGAACUUCCCUGAGAACUGGCCGCUGGGCCCCGCAGGCGAGGAGGCUGCCCCGCUAUUGCUGGGGUUCCAGCUAUGCCGUGGCCUCCUGCCCAGUCUCCUGCAUGACCCGAUGGCCCUGCUGGCCCGCCUGCAUCUGCUGUGCCUCCUCUGUGUGGAAGACGAAGAAAAGGAGGAAAAGGGCCAGGAUCAGAGCCCCCGGCAGUACCUGGAGGAGCUACUGGCUGGCCUGCGGCAGAGGGCAGCCCUGGAUGGUGGCCCCCGGGCCUUAGCCACUCUCUGCUUCCAGGCCUCCUACCUCGUUGCUCGCUGCCUGGCCGGGCAACCUGUGGUGCUGACACCCUUGACCCACGGACUGGCCCAGCUGUACCGAGCCCGGCCUGCACUGGCUCCCCAUUUCGUGGAUCUCUUGGAUCGGGUGGGCCCUGAGCUGGGGGAACCCUUAAAGGUGGUCUUGCGGCAGGAGGUGGUGUCCAGGCCAGGCAGGGAUGAGGCCCUUCGUUGGCACCUGCAGAUGCUGGCAAGGGUGGCAGAUGGGGAUGCCCAGAGUGCCACCCUUGGCUUCCUGCAGGCUGCAGCUGCUCGCUGCACGGACUGGGGCCUCCAGCAGGCCCUCCUACAGGUCUGCCGGGCCCUGCUGCGGGCAGGUGUUGGAGGAGGCCUGGCGGACUUGCUGCAGGCCCUGGCCAGGCAGCUGGAGGACCCUGAUGGGCGGGACCACGCGCGCCUCUACUACAUCCUCCUGGCCCACCUGGAAGAGCCCAAGCUGGGGGUGGCCCUGGGCCCCUCCCUUGCCGCACCUGCACUGGCCUCUUCACUGGUGGCCGAGAACCAGGGCUUUGCUGCAGCGCUGAUGGUGCAGGAGGCCCCGGCCCCGAUUCGGCUAAGCAUGGGUCCCCACAGAGCCAAGGGCCCGGUCCCAGUGCUGCAGCUCCAGGUGGAGGUGCUGGAGCAGGUGUAUUCUCUGGAACUGCGCUUCCGUGUGGAAAGACAGCUCUAUGCACCCUUGGGGGCUGUGCACGUGCCGUGCCUGUGCCCCGGCCACCCCACCCGCCCUCUGCUGCUGCCUCUGCAGCCCCGACGCCCGGCUCCCGCGAGGCUGGCUGUGCGCGCCCUGUACACCACACCCAGCGGCCUCACCUGCCAUGCUCACCUGCCACCCCUGCUUGUGAACUUCGCUGACCUCUUUCUGCCUUUCCCCCAGCCCCCCGAGGGGGCCAAGCUGGGCUUCUUCGAGGAGCUCUGGGACUCCUGCCUGCCAAAGGGCACCGAGAGUCGCCUGUGGUGCCCUCUAGGGCCACAUGGGCUGGAGGCCUUGGUGUCCCGCCACCUGGAGCCCUUUGUGGUGGUGGCCCAACCCCCGACCAGCUACCUUAUAGCCAUCCGUCUGCCCCCAGACUCGCGGUUGCUGCUGCGGCUGGAAGCAGCCCAGGCAGACGGAGUGCCUGUGGCCCUGCGGACUGAUGACUGGGCCCUGCUGCCUCUGGUGGGGGACUACCUCCGGGGGCUGUCAGCGGCUGGCUGAGCCCCAGGGCUGGCACAGGUAGGAGCAGGACUGCGGCCUUUGCAGGCUCUUGCCCAAGAAGUGCUGCUGAGAGCCAGGAUACAGCCCCGUAGCUCCUUUCUGUAAAAACAAAACAAAACAAAAAGCCCCCUAUAUUUGCUAAGAAUCCUCACUGGUUUGUUUUCUUUUGGGCCCUGGUUGGGGGAAGGCACAGUGGGAUGGGGGUCAGAGGCUCCAGGAAAGCUUCUUCCAAGCUAGGAACCCGCAGACUGCAGGGCAUGAAAGUUCCUUCCUGCCCGGAUAUACUAGGAUUCUCUAGAAUCCCUGCCCAAGAGGCAGGAGAAAAAAUAUCCACAUCUUUGCCUCCCAGAGAGGGAAAAGCCUUGCUCAAAGCCACCCAGCAAUUUAGGAAUGAGCGUGAAGCUGGACUUGGGCCUCCUGACCUGUGAGCCAGUGCUUUUCAACUCCAGAGGUUUGCAGGGUCUCUGCACAGGGAGCUCAGGCUAGAUAGGACGAGGGACCAAUGGGCAGAAACAGAGGAGGCUGCAGUGGCCUGGUGGCCCCUUCCUCUAGAGCCCGUGAGCCACAACUACCGAGCCCACGUGCCACAACUGCUGAAGCCUGCGUUCUGCAACAAGAGAAGCCACCGCGAUGAGAAACCCACACACCACAAUGAAGAGUAGCCCCCACUCAUCGCAACUAGAGAAAGCCCGCGCAGCAACAAAGACCCAACGCAGCCAAUAAAUAAAUAAAGAACGUUACUCAUUAAAAAAAAAAGAUUAUAGAAUAUUGUAUCCAACAAGAGAAGAAUACAUGUUCUCAAGUGCACAUGGAACAUCCACUGCGACAGACCACAUUUUGGGCCAUAAAACACACCUUAACAAAUUUAAAAGAACAGGAGUCUGCUUUUGGACCACAAUGGAAUUAAAGUAGAAAUCAUGACAGAAUGACAGCUGGAAAAUUCCCAAAUAUUUGGAGAUUAAGCAACAUACUUCUGUAUAACACAUGGGUCAAAGAAGCCCCAUGGGAAAUUUUAAAAUAUCCUGAACUAAAUGCAAAUGAAAAUGCAACUUGUCAAAAUCUGUGUGAUUCAGUGAAAGCAAUACUUGGAGUGAGGUUUGUGGCAUUAAAUGAAUAUAUUAGAAAAGAAGAAAGAUAUAAAAGUCAAUAAUCUAACCUUUUACUUUAGGUUACUAGAGAAAGAAGAGUAAUAUGAGCCUACAGCAAGUAGAGGAAGAUAAAUAAAAAUUAAAGCAGAAAUCAGUGAAAUCGAAAGGAGGAAUUCAGAGAAAAUCGACGAAACCAAAAGCUGGUUCUAUGAAAAUAUCAGUAAAAUUGAUAAGCCUCUAGCUAGGCUAACUAAGAAAAAAAGAGAGCACAAAUUAUUAAUACCAGAAAUAAAAGAGGGGUCAUCACUACUGAGCCCAUGGACGUUAAAGGGAUAAUAAAUAUUAUGAACAAUUCUAUGCCCACAAUCUGAUAACUUAAAUGAAAUGGACCAAUUCCUUGAACGACACAAAGUAACAAAACUUACACAAAGGAAAAUAGAUAAUCUGAAUAGAGCUAUCUCGAGGAAGUGAAUCAAUAAUUAAUAGUUAUAAUGGUUAAUACUGUAUAUUGUUAACAUAAUAAUAGAUAAUGUGAGGUGACACAUAUAUCAAAUCAUCAUGAUGUACACUUUAAAUAUCUUAACAAUUUUAUUUGUCAGUUAUACCUCAGUAAAGCUGAAAAAAAAAUUUCUUAAAAUGAACAACAAUAAAAAUUAGUGAAAAUCUCCUAAAAAAAAAAAAAAAAAAGCAACAGGCCGAGAUGGUUCCCUGGUGAAUUCUUCUUGUGAAAAAACAUUUCAGAAAGAAUAACAAUUCCUUACAAUCUCUUCCAGAAAAUAGAAGCAGAGGGAACACUUCCUAAUUCAUUCUAUGAGACCAGCAUUAUCCUAAUACCAACACCAGAUAAAGACAUCACGAGAAAGGAAACUACAGAUCAAUAUCACUCAUGAACAUAGGUGCAAAAAUCCUCCACAAAAAAAUAUUAGGAAAUUGAAUUCAAUAUACAUAAAUGUAUGCUAACACUUUAAAAGAGUAAACAAUGGAAAGAUGAACUAAAAUAUUUAAAAGAUCACAUAGGGCAGGAGAGAACUGUUUGCAAGGAACAAGAAUAGACACUAGGUUUCUCUAAAUAGAUCUUACUUUGUAGUUUGAUUUUGGAAAUGUAAAUAAUCACAUAAAGUAAAAGUAAAUCUUUUAGGGCUUCCCUGGUGGCGCAGUGGUUGAGAGUCUGCCUGCCAGUUCAGGGGACACAGGUUCAAGCCCUGGUCUGGGAGGAUCCCACAUGCCGCGGAGCAACUGGGCCCGUGAGCCACAAUUACUGAGCCUGCGCGUCUGGAGCCUGUGCUCCGCAACAAGAGAGGCCGUGAUAGUGAGAGGCACGCGCACCGCGAUGAACAGUGGCCCCCGCUCAUCGCAACUAUAGAAAGCCCUCGCACAGAAACGAAGACCCAGUACAGCCAUAAAUAAGAAUCAAUAGAUUUCCUGAAAACUAUGGCCUACAGGCCAAAUCCAGUCCACUUUUUUUUUUCAGCCCACUGUGUUUUUGUAAAUAAAGUUAUAUUGGGACACAGCCAUGCUUAUUUAUUUACAUAUUGUCUAUGUUUUUUUGUUUGUUUGUUUUUGUGUUUUUUUUGCGGUAUGCGGGCCUCUCACUGUUG